AUGGACAGCCUUUCGUACUGCUUCAAGGUGGUGCCCGACUUCAGGGACAUCGUCCUCUCCAUGCUGACGCCCCAUGUACCAGCGCGAUCUUGUUCCGCUUCGAUAUGCCCUGACCCGCCUCUGAGAGACCGUGUCAAAGUGCUGGACUCGUCCCCUGUUGGAGGAUUAGUUUACAUCACCCUCAACACCCCUAUCUUAGACGUGAUGAACCUACCGACACAUUUAUCACCGGGACGGUAUACAAUCGACUACAUCUGGAUCAAUUUUAGAACGAGGGCUGGAGUCCUACCCCGCAUCAGAACGGCACGCAACUACGAGAUGCUCAGGUGGGACGGCUUGUUCAGCUUCGAUAACAAUAUCUACGACGACGGCGACGCCACGAUGAUUGAACUCAUCGAGGGGUGCAUAGUCAACAGUUAUAGUGAUAUAAUAGACGGUCGAGACGUGAAUAAGGACUAUUUCGUAAUGAGGAUCACCUUCUGGCCCCCGGAUAAAAACACCUUCCGAUGCGGCGGUGGAAUGUACAGCACGGAGGUGGAUAUAGUGACCGGGAUGAAAGUUCGCGUAUACGGUCCCAUCGAUGAGAUUACCACCAUGAUUAUGGAUUUGCUUAGGGGUGAAUCCUAA